AUGGGAUGUGGAACACCUUUCCUUAUUGGUGGCUCAAUGGCCACAUCAACAACAUUGAUCAUGCUGAAUAAACAUGUCAUGCAAAACUAUGGUUUUAGAUGGCCAAUCUCAUUAUCUACCUUCCAUUUCUUCUGCACAUGGGGAGUUCUUGAAUUACUCUGCAGAUUAAAGUUCUUCGAACGUGCCACAGCUAUGCCUCUCAAAAUGAGAAUUACAUGCGCUUUUGAAAGUGUAGCCGGCAUUAUCUUUGCUAACUUCUCACUCAAGCUCAACUCUGUUGGAUUUUACCAAUUGACGAAGCUUCUUUGUAUCCCAGCAAUGGUCGCUACAAACUACUUUUAUUAUCACAAGAAGACACCUUUCAGAACCCUUUGCACCCUCGGCGUAUUACUUCUUGGUGUUGCAUUAUUCACAGUCAACGAAGUAAGUGUAAAUCUUAACGGUUCAAUUGUUUCUGCAAUUUACAUUUUCUUCAACGUUAUCUUCCAAAUCCAGACAAAUGUUAUCUCUAAUACUUAUCACAUCAGUGGCCCAUCAUACCAGCUUGCAAACUCCCUUCCAAUGACCAUAAUCAGCUUCUUCUGCGCCGUUUUCUACGAAUUCUUUGGCGAUAACUCAAUUUUGAAGCACGAGUUCAAAGGACCAGAGCUCUUCUGGACAUUCAUGACAGGCAUGAUCGCUGUUUGGGCAAAUGUUUUCGGAAUUUCAAUUAUCGGCAAAGCUUCACCAGUUACAUUCCAAGUCGUUGGCCAUGCAAAGACAAUCCUUAUUUUCGUCUUCGGCCUUAUUUUCUUGGACAAGAACGUUGAAGAAACAGCUGAUCAAAAAUUCAAGAAGAUUUGUGGUUUAACACUUGGUAUGAUUGGUACAAUUGCAUACUCUAUCUUCGAAAUGCAAGAUAAGGCCAAGGCUAAGCAAGAAGAAGCAAGAAAAGCUAAUAAUCAGAUUGAAGCUUCCCCAGAUGAUCUCGAAUUAAGUGAAAAGUUCGCUAAUGCUGAUGAUGAUGCAGUCGAAGUUCCGGAUGAGGAAGAAGAAAAGAAAGAAAACUAA